GAAGGAGAGUGCUCCGCAGAGAAACUUGCAAGGAUCCAUAAUCUCUCAAAGAUAAGUGUCAGAAAGGUUGACUUGGAGGAAACAUGAAGGGUCAUGAAGGAAAGAUGCCAAGAAUGGAGGACAUUCUAAGCCUUCCAGUGCAGGAUCCUCCUUGUGCAGAGUUUUCUGCAGCUCAACUAAACUGGGUGAAAGUAGAAGGUGGUCGUCAAGGUGGUGAUGACAUUGCUCUAAUUCCUUUUGUUAGAGUGGAUGAUUUUGUAAAAGGAGAAUCUGCUAAUGCAGAAUGCCCUGCCAGUUUCCGCAUCGAGUCUAGAAGGAAGAGAGCUGAAGGGAGUGUCAGCAAACCAAGGGUUGAUGGAUAUCUUGAAUAUACACUGUAUGUCAAUUCUAUACUGGUGUUCUUAUGGUCCUGAAGACUACCGGGAUACUGAGUCUGAUCUUGGGGACAGCUCAAACAUUAAACCUGCUUCAGGCAAGGGAAGCAGGCCGGGUAGACGUCACAUGAUGAGAGGAUGCCUGUGCCAUUUUACUGUUAAACGCUUAUACACCCGCCCCUUCCUUGCCUUGAUCAUCUACAAUCAGCGAAACCAUGUGGAUAAAACAGGAGCUCCAUGUCAUGGUAUACUUGAUCAGGAUGCUGUGGGAACAAGGGCUAUGUAUGCCCCUCGGAUAUCAGAGGAACUCCGCCAGAAAGUGAUGUCUAUGCUUUAUGUGGGAGUAUCUUUGGACAAUAUAAUCCAGCAUCACACGGAAGAGGUGCAGAGGCAUGGAGGGCCACAUAAUCGUGAUGAUUUUCUUACACGCAAUGAUAUCCGUAAUAUGGAAAGGCUUAUUCGUAAUUCCUCACAUGAGUUACAUGCAAAUGAUGAAUGUAGUGUAAAGAUGUGGGUGCAACGCCACCAUAAGCAUGUUUUCUUCUUCCAAGAUAACUCUGGAUCCGAACCGUUUAUUUUAGGGAUACAGACAGAUUGGCAGCUGCAACAGAUGCUUCGUUAUGGACAUAGUGGUUCCAUUGCUUCUCAUUCAGCAUUUGGCUUGAAUAAGCUAAAGUAUGCCCUAUGCUCGUUACUUGUUUUUGAUCCAUCUCGGAAUGCAAUUCCGGUUGCCUGGGUCAUAACCUCCUGUUGUGUUGGUCAAGGUAUCCAAAAAUGGAUGUUAUCGCUUGUUGAGCGCAUCCAGAACAAGGACCCCAGAUGGAGACCCAAUGCAUUUUUAGUGGAUGAUCCUUCUUUUGAGGCUUCUUAUAUCCGAGGUGCCUUUCAAUGCCGUGUUCUGUUAUGCCUCUGGCAUGUUCGCCGUGCUUGGGUUAAAAGCCUUUUAAAGAAAUGCUGCAACUUUGAUGUUCAACGAGACAUGUUUAAGCAUUUAGGCAGGAUUUUGUAUUGCUCAAGAAGUGGGCCGAACACUCUAGUUGCGAUUGAAGAGUUCAUGCAAAUAUUUGUUGAUCAGUGUGCCUUUAUGGAUUAUUUUAGGAUCCGAUGGGUACCAAGGAUAGAACUGUGGGUGAAUAGCAUAAACACUCUCCCUGUGGCAAGUCAAGAGCCUUAUGCUGCUAUUGAAUCACAUCAUCUGAGGUUGAAAUCUAAAAUUCUGAACACAAAACAUGCUAAUUCAUGGCACAGAGUUGACUGGUUGAUCCAUGCAUUGACAACUGAAUUGCACUCCUUGUAUUGGCUCGAUCAAUAUAUAAUGGAGACCGGGUACUUAGAAAAUCUAAGGGAUGAGUCCUUCUCAACCAACUCUUGGUAUAAGGCUAUGCUCAUCCCUGAUAUUGAUGUGUUAUUAUAUGAGGAAAACCUCCAGCUUGCGAAAGUUGUCUCUCAGGCAGACAGAAGUGUGGCGUAUACAAUUUGGAACCCUGGUUCGGAGUUCUCCUUCUGUGAUUGCCCCUGGUCAAGGCAGGGGAAUCUCUGUAAGCAUGCAAUUAAGGUGGCAAUCUCGUGUAAAAAGCAGCAGGUAGCAAGGCCAUUAAUUUCAGCACAAGUUUAUAGGCAAGUCUUGCUUAACCUUCUGCAGAACCCCCCAGAUGAUCCCCUUGUUCUUGAUCAUGCCAUUUUACACGCAACACGGUUACAACAAGACAUCAAAAGCUUGGAAGACUUGUCUAAUAAUGGGCUGCUCCAGCCUUUAUCUCCCGAAGUGAACACUCAAAUAGCAGAUAAUCUCCUGCUUUUUUCUCAACUUCAUUGAUAUCAUGGAAGGGGAAGCAAAUAUAUCUAUUGAAGUUCUUUAAUUGCCCUGGGUGUCUUAGUUUGUGGAGUUCUCUUGGGUACCUUCUCUGAUCUACCAACUGUCAGACUUGGAAACUAGAGCAAGAAUGGUCAUCUGUGUAUUUGAAGGGUUCAAGGUCCCCCAAAAACUCCACUUCUUACUGUGGAGAGAACUUGGCAUGCGAGAUAUGAAUUUUUUGAACAUGGAGACCUAGCAAGAAGGUUAAUGGUAGAUGUAUGAUUGUGAGGUGGACUCAGCAUGCAGUUUCAAGAUAUAUCAUGUGAAUGGUGCAUAAGUACAUGUCCACAACAUGAAGGCACAAAUGGCAAGAGUUGGCAGCUUACGUGGCUGUGGGGGGCCAACAAGGUCUAGCAGGAUUGGUACAGACAACAAGAACUGAGCAACGGGAGUGGACGAGUGUGAUUGUUGACCUUGGCCUGGGGCAGGGUCUUGAAAGUUUAGUUUACUCGAACAGACCUCCUAAUGUGUACCUCAUUGGCCAUUGGGAUGUGCUUAACUGGGAUCUAGAUCAACGUAUGGGAUGUUAGCACAUGUGGAUUGGUGGGGGAAGGAUCGAAAUUAUGUGGGUUUUCUCUAUUGGGCACCUCAACAAAGGUCUUGAAAACAAGUUCAGAGAGGGAAAGGAAGACCCCAGAUGUCAGGCAUGACCCUUCAGCGAUCAUGGUCCUGCGGUGACCAAUCAUGGUCAUUGACCUUGGGAGCCUUCCCCUUUUUGACUCGCCUGGCACACGCUUCCCCCAUUUUUGACUCGCCUGGUACACUCCUCCUUGGGGGCUGCGUCCAGGCUGCGCUUGAGGAAACAUCACUUCCGCCUAAUUAAUGUUGGGACUCGUGGUGAGCGGCCACCGGUGUCGCCGCAGUCGAAUCAGUUGUAGGUUGCGUGGGUGUCAGAGGGCAGCGGCAAGAAGCCCCUGGGGCAGUUUGACUUGUCCGGACACUGUGCUAUAAAUACUUGCAUUACCUCCCCGGUCUGAGAUAGACAUCCUGGUUGGUGAGAGCUGUUAUCCUCUCCACUUACUCUUUGCCCAACUGAUUGGUCUAAUAGGUAACUCGAGUUUCUUCCAUCCCAUCCACUUAUCUUACUCAUACCUUCGAUUAUCCUGGCAUAGACACGUGUGUCAACCAAUUCCCCACCUAUAGUGAGUACUCCAUAUUUGCUUUUCUUGCUCAGUCGAAUAAAUGUUUCCUUGUAUAGGCUGGUAUUAUUUAUUGACUACAUUUGAUUUGCAGUGUUACAACUUUCUAUAUAAAUGCUUUUAUCAUUGUAAAAUCUUCAAGCUGCAACAUAUACUUCUGAAUUGUGAUGAUUUCAUUAGGAAGAUUUGGAACGAAGAGCUCAAUCGAGAAGAGAAAAUAGGAUCACUCAAGAUAUAACAAAAAAGCUGACAAAAUCGUGAUGCAUUCUCUGCCUUUAGACUCUUUUUGACAGGAAAAAAAGUUAAACCAAAAAAAUAGUACAAGAUAAAUGAGCUGAAACUGAAUGUAACAAUGAAAUGUAAAAGUAGAGAAAUAAGAUUGCAAUGCAAAAUUAAAUGCUAACAGACGUCUAGAAGUAGACCCAAAAAAGACCCUGCUCAUGAUCACCAUUUGGUCAAUGGCAGACUCAUCUCUAUACUUACAAUCCCUGCUGCAAUCUACUCUAUAUAUGUUCCAUUUUAUUAACUACUAGAAGAGGAUGCCAAAAAUUUCAGAUAGACAAGGAGAAUUUCUCUUCCUCUCUUUUUCCUUCUUAGUCCAACUCAAGUAACAUCAUUCUGAAACCAAUUCUUUGACAAUUUCAGAACACCCUUUUUGGUCCGGGAAGACUGAUGAAGCAACUACAAGAACUAAAUUUUAUUUAUUUAUUUUUUUGAACAGGAAUAUAGGAGAUAGGUCUUAAAAAAAUCAAUGCAAAGGCGGCGGUGGUGGUGGUAACUCUGUGGAUGGUGGUGGCAAGUAUUGGGGUGGAGGUGGCGAUAGAUUGCAAGUACAGUGAAUUGGAGAUGGUGGUGAAGAGACUGG